AUGGCAGAGGAGAAAGUUGGGGAAGAAGGCAACAAGAACUUGAGGGGAAGAAAGUCUUCAUGGGCAACCCUCCGCCGUGUUGAUUCGCUCAAUUUGGAGGCCGGACGGGUUCCGACCACCGCCCAUCAACUCUCCAGUGUAAAUUGGAAACGAACAUUAAGUUUGGCAUUUCAAAGCGUGGGAGUGGUGUACGGCGACAUCGGGACAUCGCCAUUGUACGUGUAUGCGAGCACAUUCAGCAAUGGGACGAUCGAGAAUAGGGAGGACGUGACCGGAGUUCUAUCGCUCAUAAUCUACACCAUAGCAUUGGUUCCAUUGUUGAAGUAUGUGUUCAUUGUGCUGUGGGCAAAUGACAAUGGCGACGGUGGAACAUUUGCUCUUUACUCGCUGUUGUGUCGCUAUGUGAAAGUGGGAUUGAUUCCAAAUCAACAGCCAGAGGAUACAGAACUCUCUAAUUAUCAGCUUGUUAUGCCUUCUAAUUUGAGAAGGUCUCAGAAAGUGAAGGAGAAGCUUGAGAAUAGUAUGUUUGCAAAAGUAGCCCUUUUUCUUGUCACUAUUGCUGGGACUUCCAUGGUUAUUGGAGAUGGAGUUCUCACUCCAUCUAUCUCGGUGCUCUCAGCAGUGAGUGGAAUCAGCUCACUAGGAACAGAUGCUGUUGUGGGGGUUUCAGUAGCUAUUCUUGUAAUUCUAUUCUGCAUUCAAAGGUUUGGAACUGAUAAAGUGGGAUUCUCCUUUGCCCCAAUAAUAUUUAUUUGGUUUGCAUUCAUUGGUGGCAUUGGCCUAUUCAACUUGUUCAAGCAUGAACCUGCUGUUCUUAAAGCUUUUAACCCUAAAUAUAUAAUUGAUUACUUCAAAAGAAAUGGCAAAAAAGCCUGGGUUUCCCUUGGUGGAGUUUUUCUUUGCAUCACAGGGACUGAGGCCAUGUUUGCUGAUUUGGGUCACUUCAAUGUCAGGGCCAUCCAGAUUAGUUUCUCUUCUAUUGUAUUCCCUGCUUUAUUAGCAGCCUACAGUGGGCAAGCUGCUUAUCUAACAAAAUUCCCAGACCAUGUUGGCAAUACUUUCUACGACUCAAUUCCAGAUCCUUUGUACUGGCCAACGUUCGUAGUUGCAGUAGCAGCUUCAAUCAUAGCAAGUCAAGCAAUGAUCUCAGGAGCAUUUGCUAUAAUAUCACAAUCCUUAUCUCUAGGUUGUUUCCCAAGAGUAAAAGUAAUACAUACUUCACCCAAAUAUGAAGGCCAAGUCUACAUCCCAGAGAUCAACUACCUUCUAAUGUUGGCAUGUGUCAUCGUAACCGCUGCCUUCAAAACCACCGAAAACAUCGGUCAUGCCUACGGCAUUGCCGUCGUCACCGUCAUGAUCAUGACAACCGCCAUGGUUUCUCUCAUCAUGGUCGUCAUUUGGAAGACCAGUAUUUGGUUGAUAGUUUUAUUCGUUCUCGUCUUUGGCUCUAUCGAGCUUCUCUAUUUCUCGUCGGUUCUUUACAAGUUCACUCAAGGCGGGUUUCUUCCUCUUGUUCUUGCUCUUUUCCUCAUGGCUGUCAUGAUUGUUUGGCAUUAUGUUCAUAGGGAAAGAUACAUUUUUGAGCUCAAAAAUAAGGUCUCUAGUGGCUACAUAACAGAGUUAGCUAAUAAUCCUGAUGUUAACCGAAUUCCUGGAAUUGGCCUUCUUUACUCUGAGUUGGUUCAAGGUAUUCCUCCCAUUUUCCCUCACUUCAUUUCUAGUAUUCCCUCUGUUCACUCCGUCAUCGUCUUCGUCUCCAUCAAGUCCAUUCCGAUCAGCAAAGUCGCCCCUGACGAGCGGUUUUUGUUCCGCCAAGUGGAGCCGAGAGAGUACCGUAUGUUUCGGUGUGUCGUCAGAUAUGGAUAUAAAGACGUAGUCACUGGAUCUGAUGAGUUUGAGCAGCAGUUGGUGGAGAGCUUGAAAGAAUUCAUACGCCAACAACAUAUAAUGCUAGAAGGUGUCCCAAUAGAGCCAUCAGCCUCAGCCAAAACAGAACCAAUAAAAGUAAAAUCCUCUUCUUCUUCUUCUUCAGCAGCGACAGUGCAUGUGGAAGGUGGAUCGGUGUCCGCCGAAGUGGCAAACCAGUCAUCUCGACACUCAUCGGGGUCCAUUCAACCAGUCAGUGCUUCGAAAUCGAGAGGGUCGGAUCAUCAAGUACUAGGAAUGGCUGCAGUGGAAGAAGAGAUGGCAUUUAUAGAGAGAGCAAUGAAGAAAGGGGUGGUUUAUCUGUUGGGAGAAGCAGAGGUAGUGGCUGAACCAAAAUCCUCAUUGCUUAAGAAAAUGGUGGUUAAUUAUGCAUAUAGUUUCUUGAGGAAGAACUUUAGACAAGGGGAGAAUGUACUUGAGAUUCCACGCACCAGGCUUCUAAGGGUUGGAAUGACUUAUGAAAUAUGACCAAAAAAUAACAUAUAAGUGU